GCUACUUCACCCUCUCUCUCUCUCUCUCUCUCAAAUGGAGUCCGGCAUGGCCUGUGACAUCGACGCCCUCCCGUCGCUCCAAACUUAGCCCCACGGGAAAGCUCGCGUACCUCUCAGUAAAGUCAGCAGUCUACGUUCCUCGAGGACCCUCGCCGGAGGUGCCGCUCCCAAUAUCGGAAGGCGCGCGCGCGAGCCAUGGCGGAGGAGGACAAAGGAGCGCUGGCUCAGAGAGUCAUCGACGCGGUCAACGAGAUAGCUUCCAUCUCGGGGUACAGGAGCACGAUCAAGAGGCAGUACUGCAACCUGGCCCGGCGGUUGAAGCUGCUGACCCCGCUCUUCGAGGAGAUUAAGGACUGCAGGGAGUCAAUGCCCGAAGGCACGAUCGGGGCUCUCGCCUCGCUCUUGGAGGCUCUGAGUGCCGCGAAGGAGCUGCUGAGGUUCGGCACCGAAGGCAGCAAGAUUUACCUGGUCUUAGAAAGGGAGCAGAUUAUGAAUAAAUGUCAUGAGGUGACCUCGCAACUGGAACAAGCUCUAAGUGGAAUUUCCUAUGAAGACCUGGACAUAUCAGAUGAAGUGAAGGAACAGGCUGAGCUCAUCCUUGGACAAUUUAGAAGAGCUAAAGGAAGAGUCGAUUUACCUGAUGUUGAGUUGUAUGAAGAGCUCUUAGCUCUUUAUAACCAGAGUAGUGACACAACCUCGGAUCCAGCUGUCUUAAGAAGAUUGGCUGAAAAGCUUGAGUUAAUGAAGAUUGCUGACCUUAAACAGGAGUCACUGGCUCUACAUGAGAUGGUUUGUGCAAGUGGUGGAGAUCCUGGCGAGAGCAUUGAGAGGUUAUCGAUGUUGCUGAAGAAAUUUAAAGACUUUGUGCAGACAGAGAACCUUGAUAUGGAUCCGCCUACUAUCGAAAAGAAUGUUCUUCCCAGUUCGAGCGGGCAAUCAUCAGCUGAUAACAAUCAAAAAACACCGGUCAUCCCAGAUGAUUUCCGUUGCCCAAUAUCCUUGGAGUUGAUGAACGAUCCUGUUAUUGUGUCAACAGGCCAGACCUAUGAACGCUCAUGCAUUGAGAAAUGGCUGGAAGCAGGUCGUAGGACAUGUCCAAAGACACAGCAAACCCUUUCUAGUACAACUCUUACACCCAACUAUGUCCUUCGCAGCCUUAUAGCUGUAUGGUGUGAGGUUAAUGGCAUUGAGCCACCCAAACCACCCAGCAGCUCUCGACCCACUAAAACUAGCUCAGCCUGCUUCCCUGCUGAAUGCGCUAAGAUUGAACUUCUCCUGCGCAAGCUUGCUUCUGGGAAUCCUGAGGAACAGCGAGCAGCUGCAGGUGAGAUUCGCCUUCUCGCGAAACGUAAUGCAGAUAACCGUGUCGCCAUAGCUGAAGCAGGUGCGAUUCCCUUCCUCGUACGCCUUCUUUCAACUCCAGACUCACGUAUCCAAGAGCAUGCUGUCACCGCACUACUCAACCUUUCAAUAUGCGAUGAGAACAAAGGUAAUAUUGUCUCCUCUGGAGCCGUUCCAGGCAUAGUCCAUGUUCUGAGGACUGGGAGUAUGGAAGCACGGGAAAAUGCAGCGGCCACACUCUUCAGCCUCUCAGUUGUAGAUGAGUAUAAAGUAACAAUUGGUGCAUCUGGCGCAAUUCCUCCACUCGUGUUGCUUCUAAGCGAAGGAAGCCAAAGGGGGAAGAAGGAUGCUGCAACAGCUCUUUUUAAUUUGUGCAUUUAUCAAGGUAACAAAGGGAAGGCUGUUAGGGCUGGCAUUGUACCCACCCUGAUGCAGCUUCUAACUGAACCUGGAGGCGUUAUGGUGGAUGAGGCACUGGCUGUACUGGCGAUCUUAGCCAGUCAUACUGAAGGGAGGGCCACCAUCGGUGCUGCAAAGGCAGUGCCAGUUCUUGUAGAAUUUAUUCGCAUUGGUUCUCCUAGGAACAAGGAGAACGCAGCUGCCGUUUUGGUGCAUCUUUGGGCUGGAGAUCAGCAUCAUCUGUUAGAGGCGAAGGAACUUGGAAUCAUGGACCCACUGGUGGAAUUGGCACAAAAUGGAACAGACAGAGGGAAGCGAAAGGCUGCUCAAUUGCUUGAGCGAUUGAGCCGUUUCAUUGAGCAGCAGCAGGAGGCUCAGGCACAGGCCGAAGCUGAGGCUGAGCAGCAGCAGGAGGCACAGGCACAGGCCGAAACCGAGGCUGAGGUCGAGGUUCAGGUACGGUCUGAGACCGAGGUGGGGGUUCAGGUACAGGCCGAGACUGAGGUGGGGGUUCAGGUACAGGCUGAGACCGAGGUGGAGGUUCAGGUACAGGCUGAGACUGAGGCUGAGGCCGAUGCUCAGCCUUCAGAGCCGCCCUCGACUGCACAUGUAGUUGAUAACGAUAACUGAAGCUUUUCACCACCUCUUGUGUGCUUUUUCUUUGUGAUCUUGGUUUGAUUUAACGUAUUCAGAAGGGUUUCACGUCGAAGGGGAAGGUGGAAGAUUGCCUGUCCACUUGUGAAGCAAGAAAUUCAUUGGUCUGUGUUGUUUGAGGACUGUAGGGCUCAUUCAACGAAUGGACGGUGAAAGAAAAGCUGCGAGUUUUGAUGUCUCCAACGUUGAUGCGAAUGUACUAUCCGAGAUGUAAAAUUGUGAUCAUCCUCUACCUUUUUAAGUGGAAGAGAUGUCAUGUAUUCAGAUAUAUAUUAUUCCUUAAUACGGAAUUUGUAUU